AAGGCAAAAGACGGCACAGUGUGGCGUGAAAAACAGAUAUAGGACGGGAGACACAGAUGGAACACAAAAGGAACAUCACGGAGCAACUCUCUCACAGAAACACAAGGAGGAGAACCCCUCUACUCAGAUUACAGCGAACCAACUGCUCCGUGCACCUGGUGAUAUGUCUGCUGAGCACUGCGGUGGUUGUGCUGGCAUUGGUUGUGCUUAGAGGGGGAUGUCCCCAAUCACCUGACUCUCAGUCUGUGGCGCAUGCAGGCACCCUUUCAUCAGCCCUCAGUAACCACCCACAGAAGGAUGAAGACAAGACUGCUAUGCUAACAGCUCCCAUUGGCAGUAACACAAAUGGGAAAUAUCUCCUAUGGGAAAGUAAGUAUGGGAAUGCCCACUGUCAUGGAGGCUUCCACUACUCCAAUGGGAGCCUGGUGGUUCCCAGGAAAGGCAUGUACAGAGUCUUUCUGCAGAUCACCUACGAGAGUAAGGCUGACUUCAAAUGUGAAGGUGAUCUGAAGCUUGCCAUUAUGUUGUACCUUUUCAGUGAUACUUAUGACAGUGAUUUGCUUCUCCUGUCAUCCAUCGACACAAUAAACUGCAGCACAAAGCAGUGGAGUAAAUCUCUUCAUACAGGUGGCAUGUUUUUCUUGGAAGCUAACAGCGCUCUGCGAGUGACAUCGGCACACACCAACCUCAUAUCUUCCAAACAAUAUUUGGUUUUCUUUGGGGCUGAACUUCUGUCUCAGUAAUUUGGUAAAGAUAGUCAAAUGUUGCUCUCUGAGACAAUAUUGUGUGUAUUGUGUCAUGGACACUAUUGUGGUGUAAAAAUAAGUUGUACGCUUUUAUGGUAAAAACAGU